AGGAUGAGGAUGAUGAUGAUGAUGAUGAUGCUUUGCUGAAAACUGCAACGCUUCCGCUUUCAAAAGAUUCACAAGUGGCAAAGUAGGACACAAAUUACCUGACACACUUUUUGGAUCACUACCUUAACGUGAACUGCCAACAAGUAACCAUACACAAAAUAUGUCAGGGCUUUUGUCUCCUUUCCUAUUUAUAAAUAUGAUAGGAUAGGAAGCGAGGAGGCACCGUCCUAUAACCACUAUACUCAGCUAUAGAAAAAAAAUUGAUCACUGUGAAUUUUAGUUUCACUCGUUAUCAAUAACAAUAUCACAUAACUGCCAAGGUAUUUUUAGAACUGGCUUGUGGGUUACCCAUGUGGUCCUUUGCAGCGACCAGUGGGCACCAUGUUAGUGAUCCUAUUCCAAGUACUAUGAACUACCGACAGCAACAAUCCCAAAUUCCACACAUGAAUAUUGUCAAUUAACACAUGGAUUAGCAGAAAAUAAAAAAUAAGCAAAUAACAAUACUUUUUUCCCCCCAUUUUGAUUUUUGCUUUCUUAUUUAACCGGAUGGAUCAAGAACGGGAUGUCACACAAAUUAACUGCAAUAAAGUGUGUAUAAAUAGUGUAUAUUGGCUACACUGGGCGACUGGUGAACACAUUUUCCACAGUUCCGAGGACGUGGGUUCAAAUCCGACCUCGCCCGUGCGGAGUUUGCGCAUUCUUCCCGUGUGGAUUUUCUACGGGUAUUCAGUUUUUCCUCCCACAUCUCAAAAACACACAUGGUAGGUCAACUGAAGUCUCUAAAUUGCCCACAGAUUUGAGUGUGAAUAGUUGUCUGUAUGCGAUUGGCUGCUACACACACUCAAUAAUAGGGUGUUACCCCACUUGAGUGAGGACUUGAGAAAAUGGAUGGAUGGAUGGAUGGAUGGAUGGAUGGAUGGAUGGUGGAUGGAUGGUAUCCUUCAGUGGUAACAUCACCAAAAAAGCCAAGACAAAGCAGAAGACUUAUAUCCUGUGCUUGGUGAGAUGAAAUCAUCCAGGUCAAUGGCAUUGUUAACGAUGUAAUGUAGUGUUUAAGGUGGAAUUUUGUAUUUGCAUUUUCACAGUAAAUAGAUAUCAGGGUGACGACAUCCAGUUGUUAGAUGGAGCUAGCAGUGUGGAAAAAAAUACUGUAUUACUCAGCAAAGUUGACCACAAAAAUUGGUUGAUGCAAAGAUUUCUUCCUCAGGGCAAUAAUAAGCAUUCUUACAAACAUAUUUGCGCUGUCCGGAACAAUUUGGCCACUGGCCAUGUUUAUCACACAGAUAUUCGUUGCACAUGGACGCACUGUUGGGCCAGUGGAAAAACAGAAGUGAUUUUUAAGACGCUAUUAAACGUGUAAUUUACAAAUAAGAUGUAUGAAUGAGCUCAAUGGUAGUUGUUUUCUUUUUCUUUACUUAAAAUGGUAAUCACUAGUGCACUAAUGCUAAUUACGAACCCUUUAUAACCGUUGGUACCACACACUCGGUACCAACAUGCAGUUUAAGGAUAGAGGUCCAGCCAUCCUACAGUAAAUAUUACAUUGCAUGUUAGUAGUCCAAAAAAAAAAAAAAGAAAUCCUUUAAAUAUUUGUUUUUGAUGGGGGGUGGGGGGGUUACGCAUACUUAAUGAAAUAUCCAUAGGAUAAUCAAUUCUAAAAGAUUCUGUGGUGACAGCCCUAGAUGGACUAAUUAAACAAACUUAGUUAUUUUUUUCAAUGAAUUUGCAUAAUGGAUAAACUGUGUUAAAUGGGAUAAAGCAAAAUCACUAUUUUUAUUGCGAAUUAUGUCAUAUGAAGGUAAUGGGUGUUGGAACAUCUUAAAAAUAGAUUUUUUUUUUGUUAAGGUUCUUCAAUUUGACCUUGCAAUAUAUGAAAAAGCCUGAUCUACAUUAUAAGUGCCUUGGGUCCAAAUCACAAUGUGAAAUCCUACACUACCAUUCAUAUGUGGAAUGUGGCUGUUUUUUCAGGAAGUGAUGAUUAUCAGCAGGAAGAAGAGCCAGGUGCAUGAUGCUGCUGCUUCUAUUUGCUCUCUACUAUUGUUGGCAGCUGAGGCGCUUCUGGGAGGAAUAUGUGCGCGAAAGCAGCCCCUCAGGUGGUCUGGAGUCAGUGGUGGGCGGUGUACACUCCCUGUACCUGAUCGUGCCGCUGCUCACAGUGGUGUUCAUCGUAGUGGCUGUGGCCGUCGUCGUGUUUUGCUGCCACUCCCGCAAGCGCUCGCAGCGCAGCCCCGGCCUGGGUCACUCUCACCAUGACCACGUCCUUUCGGUGGUCUCUGUGGACCGCUGGGGGGGUGAUUAUCACCACGGCGACCGAUCAGAACUCAGCAUCCACAGCAGCUCUGUGGGGUACCCGGGUUCAGAGGCCGCGUCCGGUCGGGGUAGCGCCGGCGACCAUCCGCCGUCAUACGAGGAGGCGGUGGGGCAUGCCGAUGUUCACUUGGAGACGGAGCCACCGCCGCCGUACGAGGACAUCAUCGACACCGCACUCGACAUUUGCACUAACCUUUGGAAGGAAGCACAAAGUGAAUACAGCAACACCAAAUCCAACAAACAUCUGUGCUGUCACACGGAAGCAAGUGACUCAAGUCGAACCUCUGAUGAGGAUAAAAUAGGAAAAAAAAUGGGUGUGGCAUACUGACGAUUUAAGUCUAUGCUACAGGACUCGCGCUUUACUCACGGUCAGUGCCAAGUAAUUCAUUCAACCUUGCUUGCACAGUUCAGAAACAGCAUAACAGACGGCUUUAUCUACUCAGUAAUGCCGCUUUAUUCAGGAAAUCAGGAUCUAAAGCUAACUUACAGCAUGCACAUUCCACAUGGGUAAGUGUUGAUAGAAAGUCAUUUGAGCAAUUCUUCAGAAUCUCAAGCUUCACUAUUCAUCGUACAAGUGUAUGUCGUCCCAUUACUGCAGAUAAAAAUGUAAGAAUCCUGUGCCAGAUAGAUAUUUACAGUGGCGCGAAAAAGCAUUGGCAUACUUCUCAAAUGCUUACAUUUUUGCAUAGUUUCUCCAUUUUAAAAGAUUAUCAGACAAAUACAACACAGAUGAACUUAAAAUGCUCUUUUUAAAUGGUGAUUCCAUUUAUUAAGGAAAAAAAUAUUCAAAAUUACGUGGCCCCGUGCGGAAAGAGUAACGGUUCUCUAAACCUAAUAAUUGGUUGGGCCAUCCUCAGAACGUGCAGAAUUGUUUAAGUUCAACAAAAAUGGAGGGUGUUCGUGCAUGAACGGCCAUUUCAAGCUCAAGCCACUGCUUUUCAAUUAGAUUCAAGUCUGGACUUUGACUUGGUCACUCCAAAACCUUCAUUUUGUGUUUUAAGCCAUUCAGAAGUUGACUUGCUGGUGUGUUUAUUCUGCUGCUGAACUCAAGUGCGCUUCAACUUAAGAUCACCAACAAAUAGUUGAACAUUAUUUUUGAGGAUUGUCUGUUAAAGGGCAAAAUUCAUGGUUCCAUCAAUCAUAGCAAGUUGUCCAGGUCCAGAAGUUGGAAAGUACUACCACCACAAUUUCUGACUGUUGGUUUUAUGAAAUGCUGUGGUACAUUUACACCAGACGUAGAGAGACACACAGCUUCUAAAAAGAUCUCAGCCUGUUUUGGCCUUCAUUAUAGAUACUGUACUGCCUUGUCUUCAUUAUCCAGCAAGGUCCAGGACAUGGUAGUUUGCUUUUUUUGUCCACGCUAGUAAGACAAUCCAGUGUCCAGUACAACUACUAGGUUGUACAAACCCAUGUUUUUCACACUACUGUAUGACAUUUCUAAACUAGCUGGGCAUCUAUAAUACGAGUGAGGUAAAACCUCCCGAGUUCACAACUGAAUGCUACUAGUACUACUAGUAACAGUAAGUAGUAUUUGUAUUAGCUAACAUCCAGUGGUGCGCGGAUGCCAAUGGCUGCAUAUUUUUUCCUCCCUAAUAAUGUAGUUGUCCUACUAGUGAGCAGAAAAUUAAUUCAGUAGGAGAGAAAAUGUGACGAAUAAGACACAGUAGUCUUACUAUUGAGGACAAAGAUAUUGAAUAAAUGCUCAAAUGGCUUACCAUACGGUUAUCAGUAAUCACAACUGUUGUGCAAUUUGAAGGGAAUCUAACUUGAUAGACAAUUGUAAAGAGGGUUCACGGUGGGGUGGGGUGUGUCAUAUCCAUGUUUGUGUCUUAUGUGAAGAUGAACCAUCUUGCAACUGUGAAAAUCUUCCCUGUGCUCCAAAGCUUCACUGCUUUGACGCCAUGCUGGAUGACAGCGCCUCCAUAAAGGUCUUUUUAGGAGGCGCUGCAAAGGAAAAUGGGAAACGAGGCAACAGAGCCGGAAGCUUUGGGGAACACGUUCUCAGGGAAGAUCGUGUAUAUUUAAUGCCACAAUGGACAAAGUCCAUGUAAAGCAUGUGUAAUGUCUCAGUGUAUAUAUAAAUACUUUAUGUAUAGUCUGUUGAAAGUCAAAUUACAGUGAGAUUGCUUUUUACUGCUUUUGAAUGUGUCAAAGCUAACAAAACUGUCAUAGCUGAUAACUUACUAAAUGAAGGCACUUGUGUUGUAGCUCAUAAUGAGGCCGUUAGACAAAAACUCAGACCUAAUUUGGACUUUGCCAGUUCUAAUGGCCUUAAGAAAAGUCAUAAAAUGUUGUUUUUAUUCUCACCGAGUGUAAGAGGGAUUUGCCUUGAGGCUAAUAUGUGUGCCUGAAUGUAUCAUUUGAAAACAGACUGGACUACGGGUGUCAAACUCAAGGCCGAGGGGCCAGCGCCUUAUCCUGAGCGCUCCAUCAUUUUAUGUGGCCAGCUAAAGCAGAUCUUGUGGAUAGUUCAUUUUUAUGGCUAAAUGGAUUUAUUCUUUUCAUUGUCCUAAAAUUGCAAAAUAUAUUAAAAGAUAUCCUAGAAUGAUAAACAAAUCUAUGUCAUAAUAUGAGGUGUUUAUACAUUUUUAUGGCUUUCUGUUUUCAGUCAUCGUGGCCUUCUGAGGGAAACCUUAACAUAAAUGCAGUCCACAAUAAUUUUGACACCCGUGGUAGACUGAACAAUAGUUGAUGGACCUAGGCACACUUAUGCAAUAUUGUUACAUACAUCAAAUGCAAUUUAUUGUAAUAUAGAGAUACACUGAGCACUAUUUUUUUUUUUAAGCAAGUUGACGUGAAUCUCAGCACUCACUACACAACCUUGAAGUGAGUUGUGUUGGUAGCCAUUAAACUCAGAGCUCGCUGUUACAGGAUGCAUUACAUAUAAUAAUGCAAAGCAAAAUGCAAGGGAACCUGUAGGAAAAUCUUUAUUAAUAUCUACAAAAGUGUGGAUUGAUUUGUAAUAAAAACAUUUCACGUCGU